GGUGGUGGUGGAUCAACAAUGGAAUUUUUCCCGAAAGCCUACGCCCGGGGCCCCUCCCAGCUCUGGCUCUGCUCAGGCACCCUUCUCCCCACCAGCUGUGGGCCAAGCCGCCCCGCCCUCUUGACCGAGACUUCAGUACUCAGUGGCACUACAUGCAGAGUGUUUUCCCUUCUGUCUAGCCAUUCUUUUCCAGGGUUCUUCUCUACAUCUUCUCUGGUCCUCUUGCGAGCCUCUCCAGUUCGCUGCGCCCCGCAGCUUGCAGUGCACCUAGCUCCACGCUGCAGGGACCUGGCCAGGGCAAGACCAGGGGGAGCAACGAGCCUGUCUACCCCCGCCCAGCUGGCAAGUUGGAUGAAGACUGGAUCCUGCUGCUUGGAAGGCUGAGUUGUCCAUCUAACUGAGCUCAGAGAGGUCAGGAAAGGAGGUGUUCUGGAUGGAUAGCUGCUGGAAGCCCAUCGCCAUAGCCAGCUCUUCAACACUUAAGCAUUUACCUGGGCAUUAAGUAAUGAAAAUUUUGAAACCAUAUAUGAGGAAUACAUCCAUCUCGUGCUACUUGUGUUUCCUUCUGAACAGUCAUUUUUUAACUGAGGCUGGCAUUCAUGUCUUCAUUUUGGGCUGUGUCAGUGUAGGCCUCCCUAAAACAGAAGCCAACUGGAAAGAUGUGAUAAGUGAUCUAAAAUACAUUCAGUCUCUUAUCAAAUCUAUUCAUAUUGAUGCUACUUUAUACACUGACAGUGACAUUCAUCCUGGUUGCAAAGUUACUGCAAUGAAUUGCUUUCUGCUGGAAUUACGGGUUAUUUUACAUGAGUACAGUAACACACGCCUUAAUGAAACAAUAAGAAACUUGAUCUUCCUAGCAAACAGCAGUCUGUCUUCUAACAAGAAUAUAACAGAAUAUGGCUGCAAGGAAUGUGAAGACCUGGAGGAGAAAGACUUCAAAGAAUUUUUGCAGAGUUUCAUACACAUCGUACAAAUGUUCAUCAACACUUCUUGACUGCAGUCAAUCCUCUUCAGGGUUUCUAUUAUCACCAUACCUCUGCCUGCUGUUCAGAGGCAGCACAGCUCUGUGGGUUUGAGAUCUGCUGGGAAAACAGAGCUGCCUAAGCAGAAUCCGAUGAACUCUCUGAGAUGACAGGAUAAAAGGAGCUCUUCUCAGACUGGUUUUUAAUUUAUUACUGCACUUGUACAUAUUUGUAAUAUAACAGAAGAUGUGGAAUAAAGUUGUUCAUAUGUUUUAUCAAUUGA